AUGCCGAUUAGAGGUGAGCAUGGGAAUGGGAACUUUAGGGAUGUUAACCAUGUUAGAGAUGCCAACGACCAUGACCACAACACCAACAAUAAUGUUAAUAAUUGCAACAACAACACCAAUACAAAUGUUAACAACAACAACAUCAUCAUUGUCAAUAACAACAACAACAAUAACAACAGCAACAACAACAAUAACAACAGCAGCAGCAACAAUAACAACAACAACAAUAGUAAUAAUAAUGAUAAUAACAAUAAUAACAACAGCAAUAACAACAACUACAACAACAAUAGUAAUAAUAAUAAUAAUGAUAAUAACAAUAACAAUGAUAAUAAUAUAAACUUGGAAACAUGA